UGGCUUCCAGGGCAGCCAUUGCCAUGGCUCCCCAUGGAGACUCCCCGGGGCUAUAAACCCUGCCCCCAGACGGGCGGCGGAGCCCUCGCCGCUGAGCCCCCCAAGUGAGAAGCAAGCGCCCCGGCGGGCCCGGCCCCCGCUCGAGGAGAGGAGGCGGAGGCGCGGCGCCGGCAGCCUGAGCAACGCGCCCCCGGGGCGGGAGCUGGCGCAGGGCAGCCGCCGUCUCAGCGGGGAGCGUGCCGCCCAGGUCCGGUGAGUGGGGCGGCCGCCGGCCUGAGGGGAGCCGCUGGUCCCGGGGGUAUCAGCGGCCGCUGAGUCCAGAGGGGGUCGAGCCCCGGCUGCGGUCGUCUCGCUGCCUGCACCCCCAGCCCUCACCCCGGCGGGAAGGAGUAGCUGGAGCCCAGGAGCGCGGCCCGGGAGGCGGCGGGGCAGCGGCAGAGGGGGCGCUAGAGCGGGCAGAGGGGCGCCCCCGUGCGGAGUGGCCAGCGGCCGGAACCAUGCUCAAACCCAAGGACCUGUGCCCCCGCGCGGGAACGCGCACCUUUCUGGAGGCCAUGCAGGCGGGCAAGGUGCAUCUGGCCCGCUUCGUGCUGGACGCGCUGGACCGCAGCAUCAUCGACUGCCGCGCAGAGCAGGGCCGCACCCCGCUCAUGGUGGCGGUGGGGCUGCCCGACCCCGCGCUGCGGGCGCGCUUCGUGAGGCUGCUACUGGAGCAGGGCGCAGCGGUGAACCUGCGGGACGAGCGCGGCCGCACAGCGCUCAGCCUGGCGUGCGAGCGCGGCCACCUGGACGCCGUGCAGCUGCUGGUGCAGUUCAGCGGGGACCCCGAGGCGGCCGACGCGGCGGGCAACAGCCCAGUCAUGUGGGCGGCUGCCUGCGGCCACGGCGCGGUGCUGGAGUUCCUGGUGCGCUCUUUCCGCCGCCUCGGCCUGCGCCUCGACCGCACCAACCGCGCGGGCCUCACCGCGCUGCAGCUGGCGGCCUCCCGCGGCCACGGCACCUGCGUGCAGGCCCUCACCGGGCCCUGGGGCCGCGCCGCCGCCGCCGCCGCCGCCCGUGGCUCCAGCUCAGACAGUCCGCCCGGCCGGCCCCCGCCCCCGCCCGCGCCCGCUACCGCGCCCAGCCCCGAGCGCCGCCGGCCCAGCCCCCGCCGCCUGCCGCGACCUCUCCUGGCGCGCUUUGCGCGGGCGGCCGGCGGCCACAGCCACAGCCACGGUGGCGAGGCGGCCCCGGGGGGCAGGAGCUCCGGCCGGCACCGCGCACCGGGCUGCGAGCGGCCCGAGCUGGGCCGGAGCAUGAGCCUGGCCCUGGGCGCUGUGACCGAGGAGGAGGCUGCUCGACUGCGGGCGGGCGCGCUCAUGGGCCGGCCCCACUCGCCCCAGUCCUCGGGGGCCGGCCGGUGGCGUUCGCAUGAGGUGCUGGAGGGAGCGCCCCCAACCCCAGCGCCAGUUCCCAUAGGCCUGAGCCCUCACCUCGAGGGUGGUCCCGGCUCGGGCAGCUUGGGGCUGCGGCGCCGCUCCACAGCUCCAGACAUCCCCAGCCUGGUGGGGGACGCAGCGGGGUCGCAGGGCGGCCCGGAGGGAGAGGCCAACGAGCUGCCCAACAGCGAGCCGGGGCCUGAGUCCUGGCAGGCGGGCACUGAGGCCGUUGAGCUGCAUGCCCAGCGGUGAGCGGCUGGAGGCAGCCCAGCUCCCAGGGGUUCCCUUUCUCCCAAGACCCUCACUUCCCUGGCAGUUCCCCAUCAAUGAUCCCUGGCACCACUGCCAAGGCAAAAUGCCUUCUCUUUUGACAAAGAACACUGUCCUUUCUUCUCUGUGCUUGUUGGUGUUUUGGGCCCAAGCCUCUCACCUUCCCUCCCUGUCCUGGAAGGACAGGAUCCAGGACACAGCUUUCCAGCAGGGAUACAAACCCCUCAGUCCCACCAGCUCCUGCUAGCUUGGGUGCUUCUCAUUGCCACCAGCCGGAUAGACAUCAGAGCCCACCUACACAGCCACGGGCUGGCCUGCUUUCCCCUUGCCUUAUGACUUAUGACCCAGGUCUCCAGCUUGUGAGACACAGACCUCAGAGCCAUUCUGAACUGGAAGUCUGAUAAGGAAGGACUCCGAGGUUGCAUUAUUCUGGGGAAGAAACUCCUGCCUCAAGACAGUGAAGUCAUAUUUCGGGCAUGGCAGAGUCCCUGGUAUUGACCACCAGCAGCCCCUGGGAUCUGCAGUCUGGGACAUCCAGCCCCCUCUGCCCUGCGGGAAGACUCCUGGUUCAUUGCCCCUGCGUGUCCCUGCCUCGCCGGCUCCCUGCAGCUCUGGGGUCAGCUGCAUUUGUGCUUCACUUUUGACAUCUUGCUCAUCUGGCCGGUGCCAGGCUAUCUCUUCUGGCUCUCAGAGGCCACACGUGGAAAGGACUUAGCAUGCCUCUGCCCCGGCCUCCCACCACCUCCACCUGCAUGUGGGUGUUCCUGCGGGGUAGAACGAUUGCUAAGCUUCGCCUAAUUUGAUUUCUUCCCAGUGCUCUGAGAACUUGUGUUUUGAGCCUUUUGUGAGCAAAGCAGAAAGCAGCAGGUCGGAUCUGAGGCUUAAGAGCCUGACAAUGUCUCUGGAAAUAGAAGCUCGGCGAGGGGGAUAAUUGACUCAAGUGUUUGCCAUGUUCAACUGCAGGCGCGCAGGAGUUGGGAGCCCACAUGAACUGCAGGCCCUGACUUCAAUCACAUCAGACUUCAGAGAGCACUGAAAGGGGGCGAGGGCGGGCGGAGAUGGAAGGUGAAUGCUAGUGAAGAGAUCUCUGCCUCCUUGGGCUGGGGAAUAGCAGGUUCUGGGGAGUCUGCUACCAAUCUGCGUGCUGAAGGCACAGAAGCACUGUUUUUAUGACCCUGAAGGCUACGUCUAUUCCUUCAAACACCUGUGCCCAGCCUCCCAGUGGUGAGGUUUUCUCAAGCUGUUGACCUAUCCUCACCAGGAACUCCAAGGGAACCGCAGAGUCAUGCGCACUGCACUGAAUCUGGGGGUAAAGGGACCUCAGCUAAUGUAGGGGUUAGGGGCACUUCCUUCCACCACAAUCGUGCACCUGCUUCUGGGCCAGCAAGUCUACGCCUGCACCCAGCCUGGACUUGAUCUCUGGUGCCCCCUAGUGGUAGUGCUGUGCUCUUCUCCCUGCAUUCCAGCUCAGAGUUCAGACUUGAGGCUUUUGGGGUAAAGGUCCCUGUGUAUUUCUCCCUCCCAGUGCUUGUUACUCACUAACUCUUCUUCUUCUUGUAGUAUAUUAAAUCCGGAUACUUGAAGCCACCUCACAGAAGCGAAGGGAAGGACAAUGUUAUAAAAUCUCAGAUUUGAAGUGUUAGGAACUCCAUACCUUUCAGUGAAGACUCCCCCAGACUUUCCAAAUAUAGACUGUGUUUGAGGGGACUCCUGCUCUUUGCUGAAAAACUGAAAAACUGGAGCUUUAUAACCCUCCUCCCACCCUGCACUUCUGGACUGUGGGGCCUACUUAAUGUCUGCUCAGUUUUCUUCUGAGGAGAUUUGCGGGAUGUUCUGCUCUUCCUCCACUCCACAGAGUUCCAGCAUGAGAGAAGCCAGAGCAAAAAGGAUGAGGGUGGGAUGGCAUCAUAAUUGAACACCCCAGGAACAGACUCCUUCCCAACCCUAGCUAGCUUGCUCAUUUACUCCCUUUCCUACUGUGUUUUCUUUCUACAAUGAUUUUUAAUGGUGUGAGAAUACAAGUGUUUUGACUCCUUUCAAAA